UUGGGCAGAUCUUUGCCUAAUGCCUUCAGGGGUUGGAAUAGCUCCAGUUCUCCAGACUUUAGCUUUCGCCUUGAUUCAUGGGCCCCCAUUCACAGAGGAGUCUCAGGAUUGAAACCGGACCGUGGGAGACUGUCUGCAUCAGCAACUAAAGGAUUUCUUCUGGGAUCAAGGCAGAGAUCACUGACCGGCCAGCAGUGGACCAAGUCUGGCUAGCUGGUGUGUGUGUGUGCCCCCACAUAGUGUUUUUAAAAAGUGGAAUUAAUCACCAAUUAAUAUAAAAUUGGGAGAUUUCACACAAAAGUUAGGAUUUCUAACUUCUUAGGAAAAAAACCCAGAAUAUCUGACAAUGUGGGGCCUGAAUUUCCUUUUGUCAGCAGGUUCCUGAAACCAAAUUGUGCCUGUCGCUGGGGUAGAUACUCUCCAUAGGCCGCCCUCGUUUGUGUCACCUUCCUGGGCCUUGCAGGCAUUUAAGUGAGCACUGGGUGUGUGGUUAGCACUGAGUGGGCAGGGGAGGCCUGGGGCCGUCCACCAUGAUGAACAGACCCUGAAGUGGUUAGUCAGGCUGGCCCUGAGGGCUUAGCUGUGGGCUCAGUCUUAGUUCUGGACUCAAAAUGUUCGUUGUCCCUGGAGAACUGCUUGAGGCCUGUCUGGGGAAGUUGAAGACCCUCCAAGGACAGACACUGCAGAGCCAGUGGAAUCUUGAAAUCCAUCCUUGAGCAGUGUGGAUCUUAUACUUGGGAGUUUGAAGCAAGCUGGCCUCUUUGGAUGCUCUUGGGUAAGAUCCGCCUGGAGUUUGGAGCUAGACCAAAGUAAAGAGUCUUGGUGCUGGCUGCACCCUUAUUUUCCAUUCCCAAACAAACCAAUAGACAACUCAUGGGAGCCAUGGCACAGAAACGUCUAGCCUGGCAAUUGCUGGCUCUCUGCAAGAUCAUCAAAAUAUUAUUUUGCCACUGAGUCCCUGGCAGAAUAUCCUGGAAUCUGUAUAAAGUUCACUGGUUUGAGCUACGGCAGUGACUUUGCUGUGAUAUGAAAUGUUUGAGGUAUAGCAGGCCCUUGCUGGCUUCCUCCUUCUGUUGGGAGCACCUUGCCAUCUGUCUCCGUCCAAAGUCAGCCGUGAGUGGGGGAGAUGGGGAAGGACAUAGACAGGAAAUUAUUUUUAUUUGUCCCCAAAUCCUUUAGGCUGCAGCUUAAGCUCGUUUCUUCAUUUUGCAUCCUGUGGAGAUGAGAAAACAGCUCAGUGUGCCCUACCUGCCUGCCUGCCCUGCGAAGAGACCUCCCAGCAUCCCCUCUGUCGGGCUGUAGGAUUCCUGCUGUGCUGAUGCUUGGGUUUGUCCUUUUGUUUUCAGAGACACAGCUCAUGGGAUAUGUAGCUUUAAGGACUGUCCCCAGUAUCAUCUUCGUUGGAUGAGAAUGCUGACAACGAUCACAGAAGGUUAUGUGCUCCAUCUGUGUAGCAGGGAGGGUGGUCUGUCCCAAGUGUCUUAAGAAUACUAAGAAUCAGUAAGGACCCCCUUUGUCAUGUUGCUUCUUCAUGCUAUCAGAAUGCCGGUUCCUCGGCACAGAAUCCAGAAUGCAGCCUACAGAGCCUGAAAGCACGUUCACACUCCUUCUCCUUCAUCCCACAUCUAGGGACUGCAGUCAUUAGACCUUCCAAACGCUGAUCAGGAAUAGGAUUCGUUGUCAUACUUCCAGUCCCAAGGAUGAGUUUUCUGUCAAGUAACCUAAGUGCAUGCGCACUGGUUUGCACCUGCCUGAGUGGUGGCUCCCGAGUCAGGGGCUGGUUUGAUGACUCCACUCAGAGCUGAGGUGGUGCUGGGUGAGGCUGGGGCGGGUUUGCUUUUUAUUCGGCCCUCCUGCUGGUCUGUUUGUCCAGUCCUUUCUGAGUUAGGCAUGAUGCCCCCAAAAUGUCAUCAAUUUUAAACAACAAAGUUGAUAGGAAUCUAGGAAAUGAAAAAAAUCUUCUAAUCAGGCCAAGCAUUUUGAUGAGCCGGCCCAGGCCGUGUGUGUUGGGGGCAGGUGGGAGGGGAGGUGGUGGUGUAUGGGCCCAGGCCUCGAGAGAAACAGAAAUUCAGGACUGACUUUACAGGGAGAGUGACUAUAAGGUUGCCUCUAAGGUCUGGUUUCAGGGUCCCUGAAAGGCUUUUAUGUUAAAACAAACAAACAAACACAAAAAAACUUUCAUUAGGUGACUUUCUAAGGCCUAAAAUGUCACUACUAGAAAGUCCCUCCUGUGGCUUAAAGUUUUGAUGCAAGAAUGCAAAUGUCCCCAGGAGAGCACGUCAUUCACUUUUUGUACUCCUUCCAGGGAAGGGGGACAAGGAGCACACCCAGCACAAGGAGAGGUGAUGGAAGGAGGGGCACGGGGGCCCGCAGAGAGGAAAACGGUGGGGAAGGUGGGCUAGAGGGUGGUAGGAAUGGUAAACACAACUACAGAGGCCUCACGUUUGUGAUAGGAUAGCCGUGGCUGCCUAAAUUAACUAUGUUUUGCUGGACAUGGUCAUUAAUCAUCUAAAAUCUAGGACCAAUUCUGAGGGCCCAUGAACUUCUGGAAGAGCUGGGCGUUGGAAUUAAGUGAAGCCUUUGCAGUGGCUUCAUCCCUGGAGCAGCUGUGUGACUCUGGGACGUUCACCUACCCUCUCUGUUCCAAGUCUUGAUGUCCUCAUCUGUAAUCUAGAGGGAGUAAUACUUCCCAAGGCGCGUGUUAUGAGCACCUCUCGCAGUGGAAGUUUAAGUGGCACAUAGUAGACACUCCAUAAGCCCCCUUUGCCAUUCAUUUCACACUCCCAUUUUCAUAUGUUUUAGAGCAGAUAUACGUCAUAUGCCCUUUUUCCUAACAUGCCGGUGUCGGCCCGGGCAGUUAUUGAGUUGAUGGUACUUGAUCACUGGGGAGAGGAGGGCAAACCAACUCAUGCAUGAACACACUUGGAAACCCUGAGUGAGCAGACAAAAUGAUAUGCAUUAGAUUUUGACAGCCAGAGGCAUUUUCCUCUUGCCCUUCUCUGUUCUUUUUGUUGGAGAUCCUUGAUGGAUUUGAAUGGCUGUCCUCAUACUGGGCUGAUGCGUCCCUUUGAAUGUGGAUUGUCAUGUGAGUUGGAAAUUAUUCAAUUCUGUGUCCAGGGAUAAAUGCAAAGCAUAGCAGGGGAGAACGAUGAGUACACUUGCAAGUGGUUCUUUUCAUGUAUCAGUCAUAAAAGUAAAUCGUUUUAUGAUUGAGGUAGCUGUGUACGGAUUGAAUCACUGGUGCCCAGUAGAAAAACGUGACAGUGUUUGGGUUUCACAGGUCUCACAUUUCAGAAUGUCUAUUCAGGUCUACAGCCAUACCACCCUGAACGUGCCCGAUCCUAUCUGAUCUUGGAAGCUGAGCAGGGUUGCGCCUGGUUAGUACUUGGGUGGGAGACUGUUGAAGAUCAAACUUUCCUUAAGGGAGAUUUGGAAUUGAACAGUAAGGAAAAGUGCUAUUCACAGAUUCAUUCAUUCAAUUUCUUCCGUGGGAGAAACACCCAACCGUGAGCUCCCCUUUGUAGUUUUUGGAUGUCUUGCUUUGCUUCUACACACCUUUUGGUUAGUGUGAGAUACUGGAUUCCUGAGAAUGAUUCCUGAAGUUUUUUGUGAGGAAGGGUGAAUGCAAAUUCGAGAAGAGUAGCCACUGUUGCUAACUUUCAAUGCCCCAGAAGUGAUUGGUGUGCUGUCUUUAUAGUCUACCUAGCUCCCAUUUCCCCAGACAGCAUUAGAUUGUAUUUCUCCAUCCCAGGCUUGUGGAAACCUCACAUCUGGAAUUGGGGGGAAUGCUCGUGGACUUUGAUUUGUACCCUUAGCCCAAAAUUGUGCAUGUCUCCACAAUGGAGAUUCUUUCCCUAAUGCUGUGAAAAUCUUCACACUCAUGCUCUUUUUUCAUCCCUUCAGUUUCUCUAAAGAGUUAUCUCCCUUGCUAAUCAUUUUACUCCAGAGGUAGGGGGCAGUUUUGGGAGGAGUGAGUGAUAUAUGUUAAAAUCAUCUGUGUUUAUUCUGUUCAGAAUUUUUAUCCAAUAUUAAAAGCGCAUCCUAACCAAUGUGUGUUUUAUCAUGAAACAUUCUCCUUUCCCUUUCUUCUUCUAUGAGAUUCCAAAUGCAUUUUUUUUUCUUAAUGUUAUUAAAUUUAAAGGUUUUUGGAUUCUUCUUUCUUAGGUUACUGUUUUUUCCUGAGCGUGCCUUGCAUCAUUGAAUAGUCAGUUUUAGAUCCAAGUUUGACCAAAAUGUGUUUGACUGUUGCUUGAAUAUUUAGCCUAUAUUUAUGUUGUGUUGUAUUACAGUAUCAGUUACAUAGUGAGCUGAGAGAUUUUGUUUGACAAAAUGUUAUGUUUCAUUUUAGUAAUUUGAAAAUCAAGAAUUUUCUUUGGAACCUCAUAACUUAAGAUAAAAAUGUAAUUGUGCUUCUCACUAACUUGUUUUUCUUCUGCAACAAAAUAUGGAAACAUUUACAUUAGUUAUAUGCAGAUAAAACCAGAGUUUUAUCUUCCUUUUAAGCUGUUGAUGAACUUGGUUUGUUUUCUUUGAAGAAAUGAAUGCUUCUGUUAUCUCACUUAGAAUGCAAUGAAUAUUAUUCCUUAUCAGGAUAGUUUUAUGUUGCUCUUCUCAGAGGUGUUUUAAAGAUUGUCCAACUGUAUCAUACAAAAUGCUAAGAACUUAUUUAAUAUAGGAAUGCAUCUUGAGACUAUGUCAAAUUACUAAAUUGUUAUUCUUGCACUAGCAAGACAAUGUAAUCAAGCCAGAGAAUGCCUAGAGUUUAUUUUGAUUUGUUUCCCGUUUGUUUUAAAUUUACCACCCACGGUUAUCCAAAAAUAUAUAAAAGCUUGUGGGUUUGGUAUAUUUGUUUUGCUGUCAUACUGUAAUGAUGUGCAAACAUAACUGUAUUUAAAGUCUUUAGGAUCAAACAGAUUAGAUGUCAUUUACUUUUUUUUGCCAACAAUAUCAGAGAACAUAAAAAAAUUCAUUUUCCUAAUCUGCUGUUGUCAUAAGUUGAUAGUUGCACUGUUUGCAUAGUUGACCACCCACUGAAGCCAAGGCACGUGAAACUGCUGUCCACUAAAAUGGGCCUGAAAGUCACAUGGGACCCACCCAAAGAUGCUACCAGUAGACCCGUGGAGCAUUACAACAUUGCCUAUGGGAAGUCACUGAAAAGUCUUAAAUACAUCAAGGUGAAUGCGGAGACAUACUCCUUCCUUAUUGAGGAUGUGGAGCCGGGGGUAGUGUACUUUGUGCUGGUUACUGCAGAAAACCACAGUGGAGUGAGCCGUCCAGUAUACAGAGCUGAGAGCCUGCCUGGAGGUGAAUGGAUCAAGAUUGAUGGUUUUCCCAUCAAGGGUCCAGGACCAUUUAAUGAGACCGUCACAGAAAAGGAAGUGCCCAACAGGCCCUUGCGUGUGCGUGUCCGGUCCUCAGACGACAGGCUGUCGGUCGCGUGGAAGGCGCCACGCCUGUCUGGAGCCAAGAGUCCACGCAGAUCCCGGGGUUUCCUCCUGGGCUACGGGGAGAGUGGCCGGAAGAUGAAUUAUGUCCCACUGACGAGAGAUGAGCGGACACACGAAAUUAAGAAGCUGGCCUCGGAGUCUGUGUACGUGGUCUCCCUGCAGUCCAUGAACGCCCAGGGGCGGAGCCAGCCGGUCUACAGAGCUGCCCUAACCAAACGGAAGAUUUCAGAAGAGGAUGAACUGGAUAUACCUAAAGACAUCACUGUCCGGGUUAUGUCAUCCCAGUCUGUGCUUGUGGCCUGGGUGGAUCCUGUUUUGGAAAAACAGAAGAAGGUUGUUGCAUCAAGACAGUACACCGUGCGCUAUCGAGAAAAGGGGGAAUCCGCCAGGUGGGAUUACAAGCAAAUCACCAAUAGGCGUGUGUUGAUCGAGAACCUGAUUCCAGACACCGUGUAUGAAUUUGCAGUCCGCAUUUCACAGGGUGAAAGAGAUGGCAAAUGGAGCAUAUCAGUCUUCCAAAGAACACCAGAAUCUGCUCCUACCACAGCUCCUGAAAACCUGAACGUCUGGCCAGUCAAUGGCAAACCUACAGUUGUCACCGUGUCUUGGGAUGCCCUACCAGAGACUGAGGGCAAGGUGAAAGAAUACAUUCUUUCCUACGCCCCGGCUCUCAAACCAUUUGGAGCAAAGUCCCUCACCUAUCCUGGAGACACUACUUCUGCCCUGGUGGAUGGUCUGCAGCCUGGAGAACGCUAUCUUUUCAAAAUCCGGGCUGCAAACAGGAGAGGCCUGGGACCUCACUCCAAAGCCUUCGUUGUCGCUAUGCCAACAACCAGGAGCAGUGACGCUCAGCAGAACUCGGAGGGCAAUUGGAAACCUCGAAAACCCGAGCCGCCCUCGUCUUCUCCCAAAGCUGCAGCUUCCUCACAGCACACUCAUUUGCCUGUUUCUCCCCAAGAUAGAAAUGCCAAGGACCCUCUUCUUGACUUGAAGAACAAGAUACUGGCUAACGGCGGGUUGCCCAGAAAACUCCCGCUUCGCCCUCGGAAGACUGAAGAGUUGGAUCUUCAGUCGACAGAAGUCACGGAGGAGGAGGAGCUGGAUUCCCUGGAGCACCCUCCAGUCUCGCCCUCGGAGAGCCAGGACCAGAAGCGGAGCCCGAGGCCACCAAGCAGGCAUGGGCACUCGGUGGUGGCUUCUGGCAGGACGCCUGCGCUGCCCCGAAAGGAAGGUGCAGACAAGCGCGGCUCCUCCUCCGCGGCCUCUGCCGCCCACCGCACAGCCGCCCAGGGCACCUCUCACCGUCCUUCGUGGGGCUCCUCUGCCAGCCCGCCUGCCAGCUCUGCCGACAACGACUCGGUGGACCCAGACGGGGACGAGCGAGCUGCAGGCUCCCUCCACCCCAAGGACAGGUCCGCCCAGCAGCCACCUCCCAAGGGCCCGGCCCAGCCGCAACCGGCCCUGUCGCCCAGCCGCCAGUCUGCCGCCAGCGUCCUGCGGGACAGAAGCGCCCCGCACCAUGGCACAAGGCCAGCCUCGCCGGCGUGGAGGGCGCCCCAUUCCGGGGCGGUGCAGGAAGAUUUCAGCGCCUCGGCCCCGCCAGCCAGACUUUCUCCCCGCCCUCGCGGGUCAUCGCGGUCACUGCCCACCCAUCCGCAGCUGGGUCCUCCGCCCUCCAGGAGCUGGAGGGAUGGCCCUGAAGCCCCAGCCGCCAACUCUAACGCGCCAUCACGGUCCACCGUGUCUUCCUCCAGGACACAGGUCUCUGAGGGCGCAGACGCUUCUGAUGGCCAGGGCGACAGUGGCGCGGAAGACAGCAGGAGGCCGGCGGAGGCCACGGCCCAGACACUGCGGGCCCGGCCUGCCUCUGGACAUUUGAGUUUGCUCAGACACAAGCCCUUUGCUGCCAACGGCAGGUUUCCAAACAGGUUUGGCGGUGGCCGGGGACUCCGGCUGCAGCCCUCCAGCUCCCCCCAGUCCACGGCGCCCUCCCGAGCCCACUCAGGGACUCACCCUCACCCAGCCUCCGUCCCCAGGCCCGGCUCAGGUACCCAUGGAGACGGGGAGGAUGAGAAGCCACUUUCUGCCACCGAGGUAGAUGACCACGCGCCUUCCUCCUCCAGGCAGACCACCUCCCGGGGAUGGGACCCCCUAAGAAGAAGCCCCCAGAGAGGGGCCAGCCUGCACCGGAAGGAGCCCGUCCCAGAGAACCCCAAAUCCGCGGGGACAGAUGCACAUCCUCAGGGCAAAUCCUCCUCUCUGUCCUCUAAGGCGCAGGACGUUCAACAGAGCACAGACGUGGACGUGGAGGGUCAUUCUCCCAAAACGCAGCCCGUGUCCCUGGGCCGCCAGCUGUCCUCUGCUCGUCCUCCCGCAGCGCGGUCACAGCACCACCCUGCGCCCAGUGCUCCCAGAAGGAUGACCCCAGGCCGGGCCUCAGAAAGGCAGCCCCCUCCACCCGUGUCCCCGUCCCAGCGCCCGCCCUCGGGCCCCCAGAGCAAGGACGCGGGGCGGGCACUUUCCCAGCCCAAGCUCGGGCUUGCUCAGGCCGGGCGCCCGCGCCCCACGUCGUCGCAGGGCAGCGCCCCCGCCCUCUCGGACCGGUACCCCGCCAGCUCCCGGGGGGUGCUGCACCCGGGGCGCCGGGGCCAGGACGAGGAUUCCCAGAGCAGCGACGAGGGUGACAGCAUGGAAGUCGGGGCCCCGGCCCGCGCCAAGGACGCCACCCCAACCCUGCCCAAGCACCGUCAGGUGGAGUCGCCAGCGGGGAGCGCGGAUGACAGACCCCGGGGUGGACACGCAGGCUCCUGGCCGAGGCCUGGCAGGCCCCAGACACGCGGCCCGGGCAGGGCAGGGCCCCCCGCGGGGCAGCAGGAGGGAGGCGGGGACCAGGCCACUCACCGGGAGACCCAGCCUCCUUCCAGGCGGCCCUUGCCAUCCAAAUCCCAGCAGUCAGUCUCCGCGGAGGACGAGGCGGAGGAGGACGCGGGGUUUCUAAAAGGAGGGAAGGAAGACCCUCUGUCUUCCUCUGUGUCCAAGUGGCCCUCUUCCUCCACCCCCAAGGACAGCAAAUAUGCUGGUGGCAGCCUCGCCAAGGACCAGCGGGAGUCUGCCGUGGUGCUGGCUCCUCGCAGAGGGAGCUCCUUGCAGGAAGAGAGCACCGCUCUGGCAAAGCAACCUCUGCCGCCGCCUCCAGGCAGCCCCCCGAGGGCCUCCCACCUACCGCCCCGACUGCCGCCUCGCAGCCCUGCCACAGCAAGUCCCGUCACAGGGACCCCCUACUGGCCGAGGUCCGCCACCCGCGCCCCUCCCAGCUACUCCACCACCCCCAUGCUCUCCUUGCGCCAGCGGAUGAUGCAUUCGAGAUUCCGGAACCCUCUCUCCCGCCAGACUGGGAGACCCCCUAACAGACAAGGUUAUAAUGGCCGACCAAGUGUGGAAGGGAAGGCUCUUCCUGGUAGUAAUGGAAAACCGAAUGGACAGAGAAUUAUCAAUGGCCCUCAAGGAACAAAGUGGGUUGUGGACCUCGAUCGUGGGUUAGUACUGAAUGCAGAAGGAAGGUACCUCCAGGAUUCACAUGGAAAUCCUCUUCGGGUUAAACUGGGAGGGGAUGGCCGGACCAUCGUGGACGAAUUCUCAGGCUUGGAGACCGACACGGCCACGCCCACGGAAGAGGCCUACGUUGUAUAUGAUGACGAUUAUGAAUUUGAGACCUCGAGGCCACCAGCCACCACCACGCCUUCUACCUCUGCUGCCCCAACUACACCAAAGGUCGUCCCAGAAGAAGGCACCAUCAGUUCCUUUCCUGACGAAGAAUUUGAUCUGGCUGGAAAGAAACGAUUUAUUGCUCCUUAUGUGACGUACCUGAAUAAAGACCCGUCAGCCCCGUGCUCUCUGACUGAUGCUCUGGAUCACUUCCAAGUGGACAGCCUGGAUGAAAUCAUCCCAAAUGACCUGAGGAAGAGUGACCUGCCUCCUCAGCAUGCCCCCCGCAAUAUCACCGUGGUCGCUAUGGAAGGCUGCCACUCGUUUGUUAUUGUGGACUGGGACAAAGCCACCCAAGAAGAUGUGGUAACAGGUUACCUGGUGUACAGCGCGUCCUAUGAAGACUUCAUCAGAAACAAGUGGUCCACCCAAGCUUCAUCCGUGACUCAUUUGCCCAUCGAGAACCUGAAGCCAAACACAAGGUAUUAUUUUAAAGUUCAAGCCAAGAAUCCUCACGGCUAUGGACCCGUCAGCCCCUCGGUGUCGUUUGUUACGGAAUCAGACAAUCCUCUGCUUGUUGUGAGGCCACCUGGCGGCGAGCCCAUCUGGAUCCCGUUUGCUUUCAAACACGACCCCGGCUACACGGACUGCCACGGCCGGCAGUAUGUGAAGCGGACGUGGUAUCGAAAGUUUGUGGGAGUCGUUCUUUGUAACUCACUGAGAUAUAAGAUCUACCUCAGUGACAACCUGAAAGAUACAUUCUACAGCAUUGGAGACAGCUGGGGAAGGGGUGAAGACCACUGCCAAUUUGUGGAUUCGCACCUUGAUGGAAGAACAGGGCCUCAGUCCUAUGUAGAAGCCCUCCCUACCAUUCAAGGUUACUACCGCCAGUAUCGCCAGGAGCCCGUCAGCUUCGGCCAGAUUGGCUUUGGCACCCCCUACUACUACGUGGGCUGGUACGAGUGUGGGGUCUCCAUCCCAGGAAAGUGGUAACCACGGGACUAUCGCUCUGCAAGCCGGCCCCGCCCAGCCCCGCCCGGCCCGGUGGGCUCCCUUGCACAGGGGCUGUGAGCAGAAGACGGACGGCGUCCCCAGCCCCGCCGUGGCUGCCCAGCUGUCAGGAAGGCCACAGGGUGGACACUGGACAUUCUGGUCAUCUUCAGUCUGGACCUCGGCCCCAUUUCUCGGCCUAGACUGUGAACAGGAUUCAGUUUUGCUGUUAACUUCGCUUCUCCACGUUUUUUGUUUAUGGUAACACGUCCCAGAGACAUCCGAAACCAGCAGCUGAUUCAGUGUGAUUUCCAGACCGUUUAGGCACAACACUCGGGCACUUUCGUAUUCCCAGAAACAGCAUAAGCACACUGUGCUUGCUUUAUGGAAUGCUACACGCUCUCUGUUUUUCUCAUUUUGGACUCCUCCAAAACUAGCUGAAUUUAAGCUUCAGGUCUCUUUGUAUGCAGUAGAACUGAAUUACUAAGAACAUCGCCAAAGAAAAUAUAUCCUACUUGAGAUUUAUUCUAUGGACCUACCCACUGCUAGACUAAAUGUAUCAAAUCUUAUUUGUAAAUUCUCAAUUUUGAUAUAUAUAUGUAUAUAUGCAUAUACAUAUCCACACUUGUCUGCAAGAAUAUUGAUUAAAAUUGCUGAAUUUGUACUUGUUCACAAGA